ACGCACGUACAACUGUAGACUCCCUCUGGGUUAUCAACGUUACGGUCGCCUGGCGGUUCCCAAAGCGCCGCGGCUGGCUAUUACCCGGCUUCCUCCAAUACACAUCAUCAAUCUGCCCCCCUUUUCAUCCUGCACUUCGCUGCAGACGAUAGACUCUCUCACAGAUCUCUCUCUCUUCUCAAUUUCAUCUCAGUGCUAAAAUUUACGUUUGAAUUGAAAGAUGAGGCAGAGUGUGGAGGUGGACCAUGCAGGAAUCAUCCUCUCAGAUGUCACGGCAGCUUGCAGGUAGAUUAUUGGACAAUAUGUAAUUUCAGUACUGUAGCAGCAUCAAUCCCUCAGUAGUGAGACCACUCUCUCUCGUAAGCCACACACAUCGCGGAGAGCCGGCUGGCCACAUCAGCUGUUGCAUCUCCUCUCUCCAUGACGACGGAGGGGAGGCAGGGGGAGCCAAGAACAAUGGCCAGGCUGUGCCGGUACAACCGGGUCUUCCUGCUGAAGAUGUUCCUGGGGCUGCUGGCAGUGUCGGGGGUGUACUUCUACACCUACCAUGUGCUAGAGUGGGGGACAACGGUGCGCAGCAGCAGCAGCAGUAGCAGUGGAGGGUUUAAGGUGGGAGAGUUCGCCAGCAAUCCUGACCUGCAGGAGGCUCUGAGGCUGAUGAGGGAGGAGCAGGAGGAGGAAGAGCAAGAGCAGGCAGAUGAUGACGUCUGUCCGUCGUUCAGCCUGACCCCGGGGAGGAAGCCAGACCCCCCGGGGGGUGGGGACAUGACCUGCCGGAGGAUCACCCCCAUUAAAGGGUCGUGUAAGCUGGGGAGGGAGAUGUUUGAGGGGAAGGAUGUGGAGACCUGCGAGUCGUGGGGAGAGGCUCGAGACAUCUGCCAACUACAGGAAACCCAAGGCUCGGAUAAGUACAAAGUACGCUGCGACCCAAAUAUGUGCAAGUCUUCCAUGGCUCUGGGCACCAUCCACCCUAACCUGGGCAUACUGGACUGGCAGGAGUUUUCCACUGUAGACCGGUUACAGCUGGCCAUCCGGCGCCUGGCCACUGCCGACUACAGCCAGUACCACUAUGGCUUCUGCUACAUACGCUGCCGACCCUUCCAUAGAUACCGAAGAAGAAAACUGUUGCACAACACACACAUUCAACCCCAACACCCAAAAUCUACUUCAAACCAUAGCUUUAGUGAUGAUACGUAUAGAGACACUAGGAGAACUUUGUUUUCUAAACAGGGUAAAGGGACUGCAUUUGUAGUACCAUCUAGGACUUUGAAGAACAAUAGUGUUGAUAGUGUGUUGGGGCAGAACACAAGAAUAUCUGUCAAUGCUCAGAACCAUAACAGAAGACUUCUCCAAGAUGACAGUCUGAACAACAAUGUAGUGGACACAGAUAAAGGUCUGAACCAAAAUACUGAGCAAGAUGAGGAGCCGGGGGCAGAGGAUGGGAACUUUGGCAAUGACUUCUAUGAAGGAGGUGAUCUAGAUGAUGACAACUAUGAAGAUGAACGUUACAAUGAUGAAGAUGACAAAGAAGAAUAUGACUACUAUGACGAUGAGCAGAGGUAUAUAAUGCAGCUGAUCAUUCUCCCUCCUCAGAUGAAACCGACGGAGAAACCUGUGAAUGGGAGCAACAAGAUAAAUGUAAACAUCAUUCUGUUAGACUCUCUGUCAAGGCACCACUUCUACAGAUCAUUACCGCAGACACUGUCAGAGUUUCAUAGCUUGAAUAGUGGAAGGAAAUCCACUGCAAAAGUUCUUGACUUUGAGCUUGUACAAGCCAUCAGGAGUAGGACGUUUGAAUCAGUACAGGCUCUUUUUGCCGGGGAGAUUUUUGAGCCUGACAAGGGUUUCAGCUCUCAGGACAUGCCUCCCAAGCCGCUGGAGGUAGAGAAGAUGUUCAUGCCAUUCAAGAGGCAAGGGUAUGAAACCCUCUGGCUGGAGGACCUGUGUUGGACGUGGGAGUGGGGGCUAGUAAAGAACCUCGCCAUGAUACAGUUUGGGGAGAGGUACAGGCUUCGGUGGCGAUCGUUCAGAGAGGCCGUGCAGAAAGCCGGCAUAGACCGGUUGGACGCAACGCUGACCAGCUGUGACAUACUGAAGGAAAACCACCUGCCCGACAUGUUCCACGGACCUCCUGCCAUCUGCUUCAAUGGCAGGUACCAACACGAAUAUCUCCUCACUUACCUCAGGCAGAUGCAAGCCAAGAUGUCACAGCUGGACAGGCCCCUGCUCAGCUACUUAAUGCUGAACACCGCACACGAAGACUCAGGCCUGAGGGUACAGACUCUAGACCAGGCAUUUUCAGAGUACGUCCGUUUUGUUGCAGGUCAACAGAACACGUUAACCAUCAUCUUUGCCGACCACGGAAACUCCUACGGAGACUUUUUGAAGGAGACGUAUGAGGGCCAGAUCGAGCUGUACCACCCAGCCCUCUUCAUGAUCGUGCCUGACAAGGUUGCCAAGAUGCUCGGACACAAGAAGAUGAAGGCCUUAACCUUGAACCAGCACAGACUGGUCAGUUUGCUGGAUGUCCACUAUACCAUUAAAUCCUUGCUGCCAAAAAAGGAACAGUCCAUGAAGCCUUCUCAUCGCUCUCUCUACAUGUCGAACCAAAACGGUCUGCUGAGUGAGAUCCCACCUAACAGGACAUGUUCCCAGGUACCUCGUAUCCUGCCCAACUUGUGUAUCUGCGAGGGGUAUGACUCUCCCAUGCGGAAUGACUCCUACCACACGCUGUUUGCUGAGUUUGCGCUGGGGACACUCAACAAUCACAUCCUGCAGCAGUUUGGGGCAGCCAACCCUCAGGCAGUGUCAGGGUUUGGCUCCUGCCAGAGAUUGGUGGCUCACAGCUUCAACAACGUGAAGGAACGACAUGACAAGGAAGGUGUGGUGGUGGUGACCCUUGACCUCCACGUCCAGUCAGGUGACAGCUCUGGCCAAUCAGAGGACAUCUUCACCGUCGUGGUGCAGUUCGGAAAUGAGGACGCCGCCAUGACCCUUCUGGGCUACGAGCGCGUUUCCAAAUAUGGUCACUACGCCAAGUGCGCCGACGAAGGCGUCAACGUGAAGCUGUGCGUCUGUUCUCUCAAAAAACCUCUCAAGCCACCAGAGGUUAACAAGGUCCCACGGUGGAACCUGCACUAUCCCAUGGUGCUCGGCAGGAAAACUAAGGUGUCUGAGUUAGACAAGGGGUGCCUGUUUGCCCUGUACAGGCAGAACGAGUCGGGGGUGUCCUUUGAACUCGCAAACGUGUGCCCGAAUUUUACCUACACGGUGUGGUUUGACCUUGAGGUCUCCAACAUGAACAGGUCGGUGAGAAACUCCCCUAAGAAGGACCUGAAGCCAGGAGAUCUGCAGUUCACUGUGGUUCUACUGCAGACAAGAACACACCACAACUGGAAGUGGACGUACAAAACUAGAUACAUGAGGAGGAACUAUCCAUGACGUCCUUUAUUCAUGGAGAUAGUUCUCAAAACUCUUUUGAUAUAAUUUUAAUUGUUUAAGAAGUCUUGGGGAGUCGUUGAUGAAGGUCGUGGUUAAUGUAUUCAUUGAUUGGUAUGGAGAAAUGAUCAGUGUUGCCAUCCCAGAGUACUAUAUCUACAUGUGUGACUUGACAUGUCUUGUCAUGUAGCAGAAAAUAUAUAUUUUAAAACGGUUUGUUCCUAGUGCAUACAGGAUCCAGGUGAUAUUAUUAAGGUACAAAGUGUAUUCUAACAGUUUCCAUUCAUUACUAGUAUUAGAUUUUAUGAUAAAACUGAAAUAUCAAUUUCUUAAUCAAGGAAUGUUAAUAUCUUAUACAUGUGUCUACAAAGCAUCUUCCGCCAGCUCCUGUUGUAUUUCAGUUGUUGAUUCUCAGUCCUAUUUAAGGCUAUGAUGAACCCACCAUGUCAUA